AUGAUCCCUCUCGUUGCUAUCUGCUGGCGGGCGAUCCGAUCAUCGCCAAUUGCGUCACCAAGCGAUGAAAGAGUAGCCGACUUUCAAGCAACGAUAACUUAUGCCCAUUUCGAUAUCGAAGACGACUUCUUUAACAUCUGGGUCUGCCUUGAGGGUACUGGACUGAAGGCGACGAGGCUUCGGCUGAAUAUCACAAAGACAUCAAGAGAACUCUUUGAAGAAACAGAAAGCAAGAACCCCAUUCCAGCCCAACAUACGGCUCAAUCAGCCGCCGAGGUAGCGAAUCGGUGGAUUGGAGUCUGCGACGAGAACCACCCUUCAUGCCUGGCUCGAGCGACACCGCCUUCGGAUGCAAAAAUGCCCACAAGGUUGCUUGACCUUGGCACCGGAGAUUCGACAACGUGGCGCAUAAUUGAGACUCAGCAAGAACGACUUCCUUACGUUGCGCUCUCGCAUCGAUGGACUGAGAACACCCCGACUCUCCUGCAAAAGAACUACGACGCGUACUGUGACUCUCAGCCAGAUGGCAUCUUGCCACCAGACUACAGAGACAUGCUAGAUAUAUGCCGCGCCCUCCCUAUCCGGUAUAUCUGGAUUGACUCCCUCUGCAUUAUUCAAGAUGACAACGGUACCGAUUUCCGUCAUGAAGCUCCCAUCAUGCUCGAUGUAUAUCGCUAUGCUUUCCUGACCUUGAUGAUACUAUGGGAAUUCUCCGAUUCAACUGUCUUUCGCAACUGCCGACCCAGUACCAUAGCCCGACCUCGGCCGCAGUCGUAUAAGCGCCCUGCAUUGACAGAAACCAGCCAAGAUACCUUGUUCACUUAUUUAAAAAAGCUUGUGGUUUCCCAGGGAGACUCAUCAAGCCACGACUCUAUGUCCAGUACCAAUAAAUAUGCAUUUGUCAGAGUUGAAAACACAGGGAGCUACAAUUUCGAUGUGAAUAACGCGCCCAUCAACAAAAGGGCCUGGGUUUUACAGGAACGAUCGCUGUCAAGGCGCAUUCUCUGCUUAGGAAACGAACAGCUGUAUUGGGAAUGCGAUGGCCAGACCACAGUACCAUUAAUUGCGAAUGAGGCAUCCCCUGACGGAUUACCAUCAAUCACCCAGCGCGAGAGUCUUUGCUCUCUGUCAGGGACUCAAAGUGUCCGAAGUUGGAACUUGCUGCUUGAGGAGUAUACUGCACGCCAGCUUACCUACGAAGAGGAUAGGCUCGUUGCUCUUUCCGGAGUUGCUAGAGCGGUUGCAGAUUCAACUGGACAUACCUAUUUCGCCGGCAUAUGGGUUGAGUCAUGGAUGCUGGACCUACUCUGGGAGCCAGAUGUAGCCCGGCCCGAGCCUGUUCGGGAAAAGCCAAGCACGAUGGGAGUAUCUAGCAUGGAAUCACCUUCUUGGUCCUGGUUGAGUUUUCCUGGAUCGGUAAUACCAGGGCCACAAAGAUGUGGAUUCGGACUUGGACUCGAUUCGAAGCAAGUCAUUGCAUUGUCGUUUCUGAGCCAAACAAUGAUUAGUCCUGCAGACGCAGACCCAUAUGUCUACUUUCAUCAAGCUACAAUCAGCAUAAGGGGCCUGCUUAUACCAGUCGAAUUCGCUGGUAUUGAUGAUCCAGGAAAGCCACCGAUAUUCUUUCGACUCCACAAAGACAUCGAGUUUGCAUCGGUUAGUAUAGAUUGCCUUCGCUUAACACCUUGGGAAGAUCAUGAAACAGAGUACGCCCCAUUCGAGUUUCAUUUCAGCAAGCCCAUAAGACCUUGUGCAAAGUACUUCCUUAUCCCGUUAUUCCUCCAGCAAGGUGGUGCCAAGGACUCUUUAAGAAGCCACGUAGGAGAUACGCAGGGCCAUGGGCUAGUAGUUCAAGAAAGCUUUCAAAAUGGAAAGCGCGUGUUCAUUAGAGUCGGAACAUGGAGAGAGGACUACAGUUGCCCAUCUCAACUCAGCCCCAUGAUAAACAAUACACUGGAUCGGAAUGUCGUUGGUGCUGUGCCAUCGAAAAACAGCGAGGAUGCAGCGGAUGCGGAAUGCGCUUUUGAUACGCACCUUCGCAACUAUGUGACGUGCCAAGUGUCAUCAACUGUAAAGUUUCCAAUUGAAGAGCUUCACAGGGAUAGCGACAAGGGAGACCAGAAAGGAAGCAUUGCUGUCACCAGUGUUGAAUUCCCGAUAUUCUUGGAUGAUCAGAUUGAGGUGCGGUCGUUUUCGGUGCAGGAGGCUGGUCAGUAG